UAAGAAAUUAACAUAAAGGCCUCUUUGGGGAGGGACAGGAGAGAAGAGAAACACAUAAGACUGUAGGUGUCUUGACUGAGAAGAAGAAGCUAAAGGUAGAGUUGGGUGAAGGUAGGAAAGUGUUGGAGCUUCAUCAUGGCCACCCUGAAGGAGAAGAGGACUUGUGGGCAGCGAUGUGAAGACUUUGGCCGUUUCAUCUGGAACUCGGAGAAUGGGACUUUUAUGGGGAGAACACCGGAGAAAUGGGUGUACAUCAGUCUGUAUUAUGUGGCCUUCUACGUGGUGAUGACGGGCCUCUUUUCUUUGGCCGUCUGGGUCCUCAUGUACACUUUAAAUCCGUACACUCCCGACUACCAAGACCGGCUAAAGUCUCCGGGGGUGAUGGUUUGGCCGGACACGUAUGGAGAGGAAGACGUUACAAUUUCCUACAACACAUCAGACAAGGCCAGCUGGAUGGGGAUGUCCAAAAUCCUUCAUGAGUUCCUGGAGCCCUACAACGACACCAAGCAGCUUCAUUGUAACCCCUACGACUGCACCAUGGGGAAAUACUUCAUCCAGAAAAGCUUCUCUGCCCCGAACCACACCAAGUGGGCCUGUGCUUUUAACCAAAGCAUGCUGGGAGCCUGCUCAGGAAUCGAGGACCCGACCUUUGGCUACAACUGCACCAUGCCGUGUGUCAUUAUUAAGAUGAACAGGAUCAUUGACUUUUUGCCAACAAACAGCUCCAGCGCUCCCCCAUAUGUCAACUGCACUAUACUGAGUGGACAGGAGAAUGUGGACAAAAUUGAGUAUUUUCCCACCAAUGGAACCAUGGAUCCUUCCUACUUCCCUUACUAUGGAAAACUGGCACAGCCUACUUAUGUCAACCCGCUGGUGGCUGUUCGGUUCAGCCUGGUCGGAAAGAAGCAGGCCAAGGUCCAGUGCAGAGUCGUCUCAGAGAAGAUCAGCUAUGAAAACAUCCACGACCCCUACGAGGGGAAAGUCAUCUUCUACCUCAAAGCGGUGAAAUGAAAAACGAAACUGAAGAUAUUCAGAUAAUCACCAGGCAUUGUCUGCAGAUCAUUAUUAUUAUAUUAUUAUUUAACAAACUUUCAACCACUUGUACUCCACUCAACCUCCCUUCCAAACCUCUGUCUAAUGUGCUGUUGUAAAAAUGAUUUGCUAAAUGAUUCAUGAAGUACUCUGUCAUCUGAUAUGUAGAUUUUGUCACAAAAUAAACAGUAAAAUCUGUAAAUUUGAAGGAUGUAAGAGCUAAAUUAUGACUGAAACACUCCAACAGAUUCUUCAGCGCCAACUGUGUCCAUGACAAAUGUAUCUAAACAACAUAAUGAAGUUUCUGAAUAAAAAUUAAUUUAGAUUUUG